AUGUCUUUCUUAACCUUUUUUUAUCAUCUGCUUUUACUAUCCUUCGAUCUUGUCUCCUUUCUUCACCUGCUUCUCUUCUCUAUCUUUGACAAUCUCUCUCCAAUGACUGACUACCUUGUUUGCCACCCUUCCCUUCCCUUCACCCCCUUCUCAAGCAGCGCAGCAAGAUUCCCUCUUUUGUCUCUUAUUUUUCUUUCCGUCUGUUCAACUCUCAAAGUCUCUGUUUUGGCUUUUCCGUUUUUGUGUUUAUGUUUGUUCUUUGUUUGUGUUGUUCCUAUUCAGACUAUUGUUAGCUUGAAUGGUAGUUCUGAGGAAAGCAAUUCCUGAAUCAUGACAUAAACCUAUAGAUAAUCUACAUGACUGUAGUGCACUGUUUGCAGUGUAGGUGGACUCAUUACUUGCCAUGUUCUAUAUGAGAAUUGCACGAUUUAGUCCAUACAUUCGAGUGGUUUAGAUCGAAUAGACGCCUUCUAGCAGAUACCAUGAUCAGCACCCCUGUGGAAGCUAGGUUUCUACUGCGAUAACCACCCGCGCAGAACACAUGAUAAGUAACUACAUGGUUU